GACUGUGAUUCGUUUCACCGGAGAUCGAAUAUCUCAUCGGAAAGCUCUGUACAAAUUACUGGUUGUGUUCCCUAGGAUUGACAUUGAGUGGCAAUGGAGACUUCUGAGGCGAAAGACACGUCCCAGUGUGUGAGAGUUGCUGUGAACAUUAGACCGCUAGUUACUUCUGAGCUUCUCAUUGGGUGCACUGAUUGUGUCACAGUAGUUCCCGGAGAACCACAGGUGCAAAUUGGAUCACAUGUCUUCACAUUUGAUUAUGUAUUUGGGAGUGGGGGCUAUGCUUCCUCACGUAUAUUUGAUGAAUGUGUUGCACCUCUUGUGGAUGCAUUGUUCCAAGGUUACAAUGGGACCGUGCUUGCGUAUGGUCAGACGGGCUCUGGGAAAACAUAUACAAUGGGCACUAAUUAUAAUGGUGAAGAGCAAACUGGUGGAGUGAUCCCAAUGGUUAUGAAUACUAUAUUCUCAAGAGCAGAGGCAAUGAAGGAGUCAACAGAAUUUUUGAUCAGGGUAUCCUUCAUUGAGAUUUUUAAAGAAGAAGUGUUUGAUUUGUUGGAUCAAAAUGCAAUAGCCUUUUGCAAAACUGAUGGGGCAGCAAAGCCUACAGGGGGGCCUGCUAGGGUUCCCAUUCAAAUAAGGGAAACUGUUCACGGAGGAAUUACUCUGGCAGGUGUCACGGAGGCAGAAGUAAGGACAAAAGAAGAGAUGGCGUGCUUCCUGUUGCGAGGAUCUGUGGCACGAGCCACUGGAAGCACAAAGAUGAAUAGUCAGUCAAGUCGGUCACAUGCCAUUUUUACCAUAUCAUUAGAACAAAAGAAAUUAUCCAAUUGCUCUAGUGGAUCAACAAAUGAUGAUGGUGAUGACAUAUUAUGUGCCAAGCUUCAUUUGGUUGACCUUGCUGGUUCAGAGCGAGCAAAGCGAACUGGAGCUGAUGAAAUGCGUUUACGAGAGGGCAUUCAUAUCAACAAGGGAUUGCUUGCUCUUGGCAAUGUAAUCAGUGCCCUUGGUGAUGACAAGAAGCGGAAAGAAGGUGCCCACAUCCCAUACAGAGAUAGCAAGCUAACACGUCUCUUACAGGACUCACUUGGAGGAAACAGCAAGACAGUUAUGAUUGCUUGUGUCAGUCCUGCUGACACCAAUGCAGAGGAGACCCUAAAUACUUUGAAGUAUGCAAAUCGUGCUCGCAACAUUCAGAACAAAGCUAUCGUCAACCGUGACCCAAUGGCAGCCCAAAUGCAAAGAAUGAGGAGUCAAAUUGAGCAGUUACAAGCUGAGCUUCUUUAUGUUCGUGGAGAUUCUGGAGCGCCAUUUGAGGAACUCCAGAUUCUUAAGAGCAAGAUUUCUUUGCUUGAAGCAAGCAAUGCAGAGCUACAGAAGGAGGUAAAAGAACGCCGGAUUCGCUGCGAACAAUUAACACAAAAUGCUAUUGAUGCCCAGGUUGAAAGGGAUAGACUAAUCUUGAAGAUUGAAUCUUCUAAAAAUGGUAGACCUUGGAAUGAGAUAGACAACUCUGAUCAGGAUUUGGAUUUGGUGAAAAAGUAUGUAAGCAAAAUUCAAGAACUAGAAGCAGAGUUGCUUCACUCACAAAGCUCCAGUAAUUCAAAGCAUGGUGAACCUGUUGAUUAUCUUGGGUUAGACUAUUCAGAGGAUUCUGACAUCAAAAGUGUAGAUACAAAUGGUGAGGCUGAAGUGGAGGAGAAAGAACUUGAACACUCUUCUCUUCAAGAAAAAUUGGAUAUGGAGCUUAAGGAGUUGGACAAAAAACUCGAACAGAAGGAGGCUGAAAUGAAGAGGUUCGCGACAGUUGAUACCUCAGUUUUAAAGCAACAUUAUGAGAAAAAGGUCCAUGAGCUGGAACUGGAAAAGAAAGUUCUGCAGAAAGAAAUUGAAUCUCUUCACCGCAACCUCUCUAACAUUUCCUCAAAUUCUGAUGAAAGUGCUCAAAAAUUGAAGGAAGAUUAUCUUCAGAAAUUAAAUCUUCUAGAAUCACAGGUUGCUGUGUUGAAGAAAAAACAGGAUGCUCAAUCUCAGCUUUUGAGACAAAAACAGAAGAGCGAUGAUGCAGCAAAACGUCUUCAGGAUGAAAUCCACAGAAUUAAGACACAGAAGGUUCAAUUACAACAAAAGAUGAAACAAGAAUCUGAGCAGUUCAGGUUGUGGAAAGCUUCAAGGGAAAAGGAAGUUCUUCAGCUUAAGAAGGAAGGAAGAAGGAAUGAAUAUGAGAUGCAUAAGCUCUUGGCACUGAACCAGAGGCAAAAGAUGGUGUUGCAGCGGAAAACUGAAGAAGCUACUAUGGCCACUAAACGACUUAAGGAGUUGUUAGAGUCCCGCAAAACAUCACGUGAUAAUGCAGGCUCUGGAAGUACUAGUGCUGCAGGAUUUCAGGCAUUGAUGCAAGCAAUUGAACAUGAACUUGAAGUUACUGUCCGGGUGCAUGAAGUGCGGUCAGAAUAUGAGCGCCAGAUGCAGGAGAGAGCAAAAAUGGCCAAUGAGGUUGCUGAGUUGAAGCUGAAAACCUUGAGUGAUUUCCCCCAGAAAAUGUCUCCGGGUGCAAGAAAUUCCAGGAUAUUUGCACUUGAAAACAUGCUUGCUACUUCAUCUAGCACACUUGUCUCCAUGGCCUCACAGUUAUCGGAAGCAGAAGAGCGUGAACGUACCUUUAGUGGUAGGGGAAGAUGGAACCAAGUCCGGUCUCUUGCUGAUGCAAAAAAUAUUAUGAACUUUUUAUUUAACCUUGCAUCAUCUUCUAGAUGCCAGCUAAGGGAUAGGGAAGUUGAAUACAGAGAAAAGGAUGCUGAAAUCAGGGAGUUGAAGGAAAAACUCGUAAAUUUUGUCAGACAGCUAGAGUUGCAAAAGAGUGAAUUGAGACAGCUAGAGUCGCAAAACAGUGAACUGAUUCAGCAGGAGAAGUUGAUGAAAUUGGCUUUAGAACACCCCAUUGGAAGGACAAACAACUCUGGCUCUAAUGAGCUAAGAAGCAGCACUGACGGGCAUGAUUAUGACCUGAGGCAAAAGGGGAACCGGAGUUCCUUGAUCUACAGUGAUAAGUUGAACAAGCUUGAGCUAGAAGAAGAUAUGGAUAUAUCUGAUUCAGAUUGUUCUGACACUGAUUAUGGUUCAGGAUGUUCGUGCGGUAAAAGGUCUUCAUGCAUGACAAAUAAAUGUUUAUGCCGGUUUACGGUUGGUUCUUGUGGGCCAUCAUGUGGUUGUAACCCUAAAAAGUGCAGCAACAGAGAGAGUUCUACCAAGAACCAGUUGCCCUCAUUAGAUGUCGUAGGUGAUGAGGUAAACACAUUGGGAACUGAUGAUGAAGCUGAGAGUAGUCGAACACUAGUUUCUCAAGGCGCAAUGUUACUUCAAAAUGCGCUUUCUGAAAAGCCCAUACAGGGUGAAACAAAAAGAAAGCCUCUUUCUGACAUUGGAAAUACCAGGGCGAAAUCAAAUGCACCAAAACCUAAUCAACGGAAGCAAUGGCGGAAAUCAACAAUUCAACUUGUUCCUACUGCCCCUACGACUCAAGCAAGUAAUGCAGAUGCCCCAACAAAAACAUCUCAAUCUGUCAAUGCUGAUGCAUCAGUAAAAACAGAAAACAAGGUUGGUGAGAUUGAUACUCCUGCAUUAAAAUUACCCAGAGCGAUGCGUUCUGCAUUAACAAAUGGGAACAACACCUUAAGAGAAAGGAACUCCGAGACUAAUGAUUCAGUUGAACUGACAACACCUCCAGCUCCUAAGAGUCCUCUACGGAAGGCAAAGGCAACGGGCGAGAAAGAAAACUGAGGAGCAUGAUUUCUAUUUGUUUGAUUCAAAUUGUAUGUAUAGAGGUUUGGUCUUGGCUAUUCUGCCACUUGAUUUUUGUAUGGCUAAUCUUUUCCUAACCUUAAAAAGAGGUGCCUCAAUUGAUCAUAGGUCCUGAAAGUAUUAGGAUACUAGAGUCUGGAGGCUCUAAUCUGAAGAGCAUCUGUGUUGUAAUUCUUCAAACUUUUUCCAAUAUUUAGUGAAAUAGAU